UCCUGGAGACAUACAGGUCCUAAAGAGGUGGCAGGCUGCAACCCAUCACCUUCUCAGCAGAACGCACCAAUAACUACAAUGCUGUGCUUGCUGUUUUUGAACCCCCUUUCAGAGACUGUGAGGAUAUUCUCAAGAAUGUCCUUGGCAGUAUCUGUCAUGUUGCGUUGUUGGAGUAAACAUGUGUUUGCAUGAGGAAAAGAUUAUUGGGCAGCCUUACUUCAUCUUACUUUAACUGACAUAUACAACACAUACAAAAGGUAUAUGUCAUGUAAAAUUUUCAAAUCUCGUGACAGCCCUGCUCGUGUAAGAAAUAUAUUUCAAAUUCAAAGGCAGAUAUUUCAUAGUAGACUGACUCUGUAUCCUACAGUCAUGUCACCAUGAAGGAGGAGUAAUCUUUGUAAAGCCAAUCCACUACUUUGUUUGUUUAACGUGUAUUUCAACUUGGAUCACUGUUUUAGCUUGGGCUUCUUCAAUGACCUCUGUGACUUAACAACAGUGGAAACAGUUGACGGUUGUCAUUACAUACCUGGUAUGUUAUUUUGGGGCCGAGAGUUGGAUGGAACUCACUGAAAAAUAUGCAUUCUAUUCUAGUAGCCAUGUUCAGCUACUGUUAGCAGCCGGACUUGAGCUCGCUACCAGGCUAACUUCCCGUUUUUGAGUCGACUCACGAGGAGGCAAGCUCGAAACAGAAGAGCAAUGAAACCACAUGUAUUCACACAAGCGUUUUGGAAGUUUACAUGGCCAAAAACAGACCGUUCUACACGCAUAUUUCAAGACAUCUGACUGAUCCUACGCUGGAGCAUAACAACAAUGAUGCGUUCAGCCCGAAUCCUUCCGGACAUGGUGGAGCUCCUUUGUACGCACAUGCAGCACCCCGGCUUUCCCCUCCGCCCCCAUUACGGCUCUCCAGGCUGUCGACUUAUGGAGGAGGCACUUUGAGCAGAGCGGUGUGACGGAGCCGGGUCACUCCAGUCGCUACAUCCUGGCACAUCUGCUUGGUGCCAAAACUAUGGGAUGUCUGGAUCAGAAGAAGCUGUCGCACUUCCUCACCCAAGAAGAAACAGAGCGGAUGUGGACGCUCUGCUCUCGACGACUCUCCAGAAUGCCUGUCCAGUAUGUGAUCGAGGAGUGGGACUUCAGAGACGUGACCCUGAAGAUGAGGCCUCCUGUCUUCAUUCCACGGCCCGAGACAGAGGAGUUGGUUGAGCUGGUUUUGACAGAUCUUCUAAAGGAGAGGGAUUCAGGCCCAAAGGUGUGUUUGGAAGUGGGCUGUGGAUCCGGAGCUAUUUCUCUCUCUCUGCUGAAGAAGAUUCCAGAGCUUACGGCUGUCGCCUUGGACCAGAGCCGCGACGCUGUGGACUUAACAAGGGAAAACGCAUUAAAGCUCAGCCUUCAGGACAGAUUGCAGCUCCACCACUUGGACGUCAUUAAAGAUGCGGACGCUGUGCUCAGAGUCUGCGGUCGUGUCUCUGCAGUGGUCAGUAACCCCCCCUAUCUCUACUCGGAGGAGAUGGCGGCCCUGGAUCCUGAGAUUUUAAGGUUCGAAGACCCGGCCGCCUUGGACGGGGGAGCGGACGGCUUGAGCGUGAUCCGGCAGAUUCUGACUCUGGCGCCGCGUGUGUUAUGCGAGCGUGGCCGUGUUUACUUGGAAGUGAACCCGAGACACCUUGGGCUGGUUCAGCGGUGGGCGGAGGAGAACCCGGCGGAGCUGAGUUACAUGGAAACACGACACGACAUCAGCGGCAGGCCGCGCUUUUGCAUCCUGCAGAAAGAGGAGUCCAAAGACCAGGAAAUGGAUCUGGAUUGAGUAACUGAGAUCCUAUUACGUUGCUUUAGCCCACUUUGCUUAAGCCUAGGCUCCCCUCGCCCCCCCCCUCCCUCGCCCCGGCCGAGCACCAUCCCGCUGCACUUUACACCCCUUUAAUCCUGUGAAAUCCUUGUUUCACGGAAGAUGCUAUCAUUUCAAACCGACGAUAAAUCAGCAAACAUUCGCGGCGGCAUCCUCUGCCAAAGACAACAAACAAAAAGAAAAGCAACGCAUGUGCAAGUUUGCAUAAAGCGGCUCAAAGCUGAAGGUAAUUACAGAGGCUUUUCUCAGAAACCUCCCUCUCGGUAGCUCUCCCUCCUCCCAGGAAGCGUUUAGUAGUUCUGUGAAUCGGCUGAUGAAAAGUCCUCCCCUUCGCUUGUCCGCGCUGUGACUCAGACGCAGGCUCUGGCAGAAAUGCACGCAGUAUUGACACGGUUGCCCCCGGGCAGCCAUUUUCCCCUGGCCACCAUAGAAUUGCGCCGAUCAUAUUGUUCUUGGAUCCAACAUGAGAGAAUAUUCAGCAGCUCGAGAGGUUUCCAGAGAGACAGGAGUCCGUCCUUCCAACAUCAAAACAACACGGUGCCUUCGAGGAAACCUUGCCUCUCUAUGAUUACACGUCACAUACACGCCAGCUGUUUCGGGUUUGAAUCAUAUGGCUUCAGCUCCCCACCCCCACAUGCCGUCUCACCUGGCCGCCACAGUUAUUCAUGUUCAACGUAAAGAUAGUUCUGGCGGUGUGAUAACAUCAAACAGAAGUGACGCAGGAUAACGGCAAGUUCACAAGGUUUCCAGCUGGUGACUCCAGCCAGAAAUAUGUCGACAUUAUCAGUCAUCUACUUUUUGAAUAUGAACUAAUACUAGUGUUGUAAAUGUUUACUGCUUCACCCAGUUUAUUAUUGACUGCUGCCACCAUUUUAUUGUUGUUUUUCGACGCCGGGUGACCUCACUUUCUAAAAGGCUGUAUUUUUGCGACAAAGCGAAGUCAGUUACUCAUGUUUACCUUCAGAACAAUGUUGUCCUUGCUAACUGCGGUUACUUGUUUUCCACUUCCAUUUGUCAGAAGUUACUCACUUUCUAAACCUGAUAGAAAAAUGAAAAGUAUGUAUUUGUAAUCUGGAUUUAUAGAUUUCACCUCCUAUUUUAUUGACACAGUUGUACCCACCAGUGGUAUAUUUUAGUUAUAAACCAGGAUGUAGUUUGUUCAUAAUUAAUGUUGUUUUGCCUAAAUCUUCCUCAGUGAAUUUGUCGGAGUAUAUAAGCACUGAACGUAUUCAAAUAAACUGCACUAGUUGUCUACAUUCGACUAUAUAUCGUAUUUAUUCCGGACAAAUACUGUGCGGAGGUUUUGUUUUUCCUGUUUUAAGUCGAAGAUGCUUUACUGCUUUAGUCUCCUGUUUAAUC